AUGUCGUAUGUGCUCGGAAUCGACGUGGGAACUACAAAGAUAUGCUGUCUGGCGUUGAACCGUGAGGGUCAGCAGGUAGCUUCCCACACAGCCGACGUGUCUGUUCUUCAUCCGCAGCCCGGGCACUCGGAGAUCGAGCCGCAGGACCUCUGGGAACGCACGAGGGAAGCCCUAGCGGAGACGAUCCGCAAAGGAGGGCUUGAGCCUAAAGACGUUGCCUGCCUCGGCAUCACGUGCCAGAGGAACUCGUUUCUUCUGUGGAAUCGCGAAACUGGAGAGCCGCUGUGCAACCUGAUCACCUGGCAGGAUCGUCGCGCGGCUGAUGUCUGCAGGGAGUGGAAUGAGUCCAUGCAGUUCAGGUUCCUGCACGCUGGAGCAGGCAUUCUGCACACGUUCACCCGAAACAAGCGGUUCCUUGCAGCCAGCAUCAUCUCCCUCCAGUGCCAGAUGGUGGCCCCUCGUCUCUACUGGGCCUUGAAGAACGUGACGGGAGCCAGCGAGCUCGCGAUGGAGGGAAAGCUGUGUUUUGGAACCACUGACAGUUGGGUGUUGUGGAAGCUGACAGACGGUGCUGUUCACGCCACAGACUACUCCAACGUGUGUACAUCAGCUCUCUACGAUCCGUACCAGAUGCAGUGGAGUUCCACCAUCCUCAACCUGCUGGGAAUCCCUCCAGGAAUCCUGCCUGAGGUCAGGGAUUCUGGUGGGGAGUUUGGCCACGUCCCGGAGCACCUGUUUGGUGCCUCCAUCCCCAUCACUGGCGUCAUCUCCGACCAGACUAGUGCCAUGUUUGCACAGGGGUGCUGGGAGAAAGGCGAUCUCAAGUGCUCCUUGGGGACAGGCAUGUUUAUGUGCCUCAACACUGGCCGGAAACCGCACGCCUCUCUCCAGGGGUUGUACCCUGUCAUUGGCUGGAAGAUUGGGUCAGAAGUGGCCUAUCUUGCGGAGGCCAACUUCCCCAGCUGUGGAAGUGUGGUGGAGUGGGGGAAGAGGUUUGGUCUGUUCUCAGACCCAGCAGAGACUGAGGCUCUUGCUGAGGCAGCAGAGAAGAUUGACGGACUGUGCUUUCUCCCAGCGUUUGACGGAAUUCAGGCCCCGUACACAGACCCCCAUGCUAGCGCUGGGAUCCUAGGAAUGACGCACGCGACAGAGGGGAAGCACGUAGUGCGAGCAAUGCUGGAGUCUCUGGCCUACGCCUUCAAGAUGCUGUUUGACACAGCCUGCAGUGAGAUAGACUUCAAAGUGAAGAGGGUGUGUGUGGAUGGAGGGGUGUCACGGAAUGGGUUUGUGGUUCAGCUGAGCAGCAGUCUCCUCGGUCUCCCGGUGGAGAGACCGACAGAGACCGACAUGACGGUAUGUGGAGCCAUCUUCCUUGCCGGGCUCGCAUCUGGCUUCUGGACCUCAAAGGAACAGAUCUUGUCCUUUCGCAAGCUGGACAAGACGUUCCAGCCAGCAUCAGGGGAGGCAAGGAGGACUGUGGUCAGUGGGUACCAGCGCUGGCAGGGCGCUAUCCAGCGCUCCCUCCACUGGUACAAGGAGAAUGGAAUACCUCAGUAG